AUGAGCAAGGAGGAUGUCCUAAAGGUGCAGACUCUGAUGCUGAGAGUCAACAUACACUGUGAUGGGUGCGAGAAGAAGGUCAAGAAGACCCUCCACAAGAUCGACGGUGUCUACCAGAGCAGCAUCGACGCGGAACAGGGGAAGGUGACGGUGUCCGGCUUGCUGGAUCCGGACACCAUCAUCAGGAAGCUCAACAAGGCCGGCAAGCCGGCCCAGCUGUGGGGUUCCAAGCCCGGCGUCCCUCAGAACGCCCACCAUGGCGGCGGCGGCGGGGGCAAGGGCCAUUCCAAGGCCGGCGGCGGCAAGGGCCAUUCCAAGGACGCCGGCGGUGGCAAGGGCCAUUCCAAGGACGCCGGCGGCGGCAAGGCCCAGAAGGGCGGUGCGGGUGGCAGCGGUCACAAGGGUGCUGGCGGCGGAGGUGGUGGUGGUGGUGGUGGUGGCGGGGGCAAGGAUGCGAAGAUGGUGAUGCCGCAGCCGACGCCGCAGCAGCUCCAGCAGCUGCAGCAGCAGCUGCAGAUGAAGGGGCUGAAGCUCCCGCCGCACCUCUUGGGUGGCAAUAUGCCGGCGUUCCCCGCGGCGGCGCCGUUGAAGGACCCCAAGUCCGUCAAGUUCGCCCUCCCCGAGGACAACUUCGACGACGACGGCAGCGAGUUCGACGAUGAGUUCGACGACGACGACUUCGAUGACGAGGACGACUACGACGACGACGGCUUCGACGACGAUGUCUACGACGACCCCAAGAUGAUGAUGAAGCCCAUGGCUAUGCCGCCGCCGGCCGGCGGGGGCGACAAGAAGGGCGGUGGUGGCAAGAAGGGUGGUGGAGGCGGCGGGAACGAGAUCCCGGUGCAGAUCAAGGGAAACAACCACGUCGGUGGGCAGCCGCCCAAUGCGAAGGGAGGCGGCGCCCCGGGCGGCGGAAGCCACCUGGGCCAGGGGAAGAAGGGCGGCGGCGUCGGUGUCGGUGGCCCGAUGGGCGGCAUGCUGCCUCAGCAGGGCAUGAUGAGGCCUAACAUGCUGGGUGGUGCCGGUGCCGGCUUCCCCGGCACCGCCCAGAUGGGCGGCGGACCUAUGGGCAUGCCGAAGGGCCACCCGCACAUGGGUGGUAUCAUGGAGCAGGGCGGCAGCGGCGGCGGCAUGCCGGGCCUGGGGUUCUACCAGGGAAGUGGCAACGGCGGCGGUGCUGGCGGCAUGCAUUCUGGGGCUGAGAUGCUUCAGGCCGCCGCGGCAGCCGGGAACCCUAUGGCGCAGCAGCAGUACAUGGCCCUGAUGCAGCAGCAGCAGCAACAGCAACAGCAGCAGCAGUACAUGGCCCUGAUGCAGCAGCAGCAACAGCAGCAGCAGAUGAUGCUGCAGCACGGGAACGGCGGAGCAGGUUACCCGGCGAUGGGCUACGGCUAUGGCCGGCCACCGAUGCAUUACCCGAUGGGGUACCCAAUGCCCCCGCACUCGCAUGCCGACAAUUACAACAUCUUCAGCGACGAGAACCCCAACAGCUGCUCACUGAUGUGA